UUUGAGUGGAAUCGCGUGCAGAGCUUGUCGGCCUCGAACUUUUCCACCCCGAAGACUUUAAUGGUCGCUUUAUUUCUUACUUCACAGUGACUAUUUAUUUGACAUUAUGGAAGCGGACAGUGACAUAAAAAGCACACCGAAAGGGUUUCACUGCGCCCUGUGCAACGUACAUUUACCCAACGCGUCAACCGUGGAGCAGCACGUGAAGGGGCGCAAACACCAGACGUUGAGCACCGUGCGGGCCACCAGGAAGACCCAGGAGCAGCACAGUGUGUUCGUCAGCGGCAUCAACCCGGUCGUCUCUCAGAACGACAUAGCCGAGUACUUCCAGCAGUUUGGGCCCCUUUCAGAUGUCGUCAUGGACAAAGACAAGGGUGUGUACGCCAUCGUGCAGUUUGCCAAGACGGACGGCAUCGAGGCGACCAUGGCCUGCGUCGAGCAUCAGAUGAAAGGCCUGAAGCUGCGCGUCAAACUGCGGGAAAAGAAGGAUUUCAAGUUGAUUCCCAAGAAGAACUCGUCCCAGAACCUCCAACAAGCCCUCGACCGGCUCAAACCUCAACUGUGUCAGUUGCUGUCGGUGAAUGCACAGAUGCAGUAUCUUGUAGAGCGGUUUCAGCUGGGAGAAAACGAAAAGAAGGCCCGAGGCUUGCUGGUUGAACUCCUGCAAGAGGUCUUCAUUGAGUUUUUUCCAGAUUGCCAGAUUCAGCCAUUUGGUUCAUCUGUGAACACGUUCGGCAUCCAUUCCUGCGACCUGGACCUCUUCCUGGACCUGGAUAACACCAAGGUGUUCCAGGCCCGUUCCAAGUCCACUACAGAACAGGCAGGGGAGGGCACGUCAGACGAUGGCCGCUCCGAGGACUCCAUCCUGUCUGAUAUUGACCUGUCCACUGCCUCUCCGGUGGAGGUCUUGGACCUUGUGGCCGCGAUCCUUAAGCGCUGUGUUCCCAGUGUGCACAAAGUCAACGUGGUCAGCAGUGCCCGCCUCCCCGUGGUCAAGUUCCAUCACCGCGAGCUUGACCUGCAGGCGGACAUCACCAUUAACAACAGACUGGCGGUCAAGAACACCCGCUUCCUCCAGCUGUGUUCAGGGAUGGAGGACAGGCUGAGACCUCUGGCGUACACCAUCCGCUAUUGGGCCAAGCAGAAGCAGCUGGCCGGUAAUGCCAGCGGCGCCGGGCCCCUGCUCAACAACUACGCUCUGACACUGCUGAUCGUCUUCUUCCUGCAAAACUGCGAGCCGCCGGUCGUCCCCACCGUGGACCGGCUCAAAGACAUGGCCUGUGAGGAGGAGGAGUGUGUGAUUUCGGGCUGGAACUGCACCUUCCCCAGUCAGCCGAUAGCUGUGCCCCCCAGCAAGAACACACAGGACCUCAGCACCCUGCUCUUUGGCUUCUUCACCUUCUACGCCAAGUUUGAUUUCGCCGGUAGUGUCAUCUCUCUCCGGACAGGGCGUCCACUCCCAAUCACCGAUUUCCUGAGCGAGAAUAAAGAGGAGCAGGCGACCCAGUCCCACGGUCCCAAACUGGGCCCCCUGAAUCUCUUGGACCCCUUUGAUCUCUCCCACAACGUCGCCGGAAACCUGAACGAACGCUCCCAGCGCAGCUUCCAGAAGGAGUGCCAGGAGGCCGACAAGUACUGCCGCAGCCUGCAGUACCAGCGCAAAUCCACCAAGGGGAAAUCGUGGGGGCUGGUGCGCUUAUUCACCCCCCACGGGGAGGCGGCGCCGGCCAAGACGGAGCAGCCGACCAUCAGCAUCCCCUUCAAGUUGGCGUCGCUCCCGUCGGCGCUGCGCGAUGAGCUGUGCGAGGCGGGCGACGGCUUCCGGCUGCUGUGGUUCCAGAAGGUCUGCUCCGCCGUGGAGGGCGUCUUCCAAAGGGUCCUCGGGUGUCACCUCGUUGCCUCCGCUGGCGCCGUCUUCGGCGAGGGGUCCGACGCCGCCGCUGUCGCCGCGGACAUGGAGACCUCGUCCGCUUCUCUCGACGCGUCGCUAAAUGACAGCUGCGACGGCGUCGACUCCCAAAACGAAAGCAGCCCUCGGGGCGCCAAGAGGCGGCUGUCGUCCGGCAGCGACGCGUCGGAGUCGCCGCGAGGCAAAAAGCCCCGGCUGGCGAAGAGAGGCCGGCCUGCGCUGCCUCACUGGGUCUGUGGGCAGAGGCACAUGGUGUGGGCCGGCAGGAGGAAAGUGAGGAGGGAGCUGAUCAAAGACACCGACUCGAGGCCGGAGGGCAGCUGCAUGGAGCUGGAGUCCAAGGUCACCGCUCACAUCGUCGAAAAGGAGCCGCAGCUCAAGGAGCCUCUGGAGUUCAAGGUCCAGCCCCAGGUGGUCGGCGAGACGGAAAGCACCAAGGCGGUGCUCCAGCUGGAGCCAAUCAGUGACAAGACGGGAGUUUUUCAGGACUUCUUUCAUUUCCUGGAAGGCUUCCUACCCAAGAUGGUCGAGACACUGAUGGAGAAAGAAGUGGGCGGAGCUUAAAAUGUAGCCCCUUCUGAUUUUAGUUGUUUUUGUUUUUUAAUCAAAGAUGUUGUUACUGCUACUUAACCCUUUAGAGUGUGACACGAACGAGCGUUGAUGUGACUUUCUGUUGAUUUAGGCAUUGAGAAUUGUAUUUGUAAAAGUCGGCAUGUUUUCAUGUACACUUCUACCUGUUUUGUUGUUGGUUUCAGGAUGAAAGUGUUAUGUUUAAGGCUUGAAUUUUGUGUUUAAUAUAAUACUCUUAAAUGAUUCAACCUUAAAGGGAAACUUCAAGUGGCAGACAUUUGUACACCGGAUCCAAGGCUGUCUUCAAGUGAAUAAAACAAGUCUUUGUAGAA